AUGGCAUUUUAUCCCCUGCAAAUUGCUGGGCUGGUUCUUGGGUUCCUUGGCAUGGUCAGGACUCUUGCCACAACCCUUCUGCCUCAAUGGAGAGUUUCAGCGUUUAUUGGCAGCAACAUCAUCAUCUUUGAGAGACUCUGGGAAGGGCUCUGGAUGAACUGUGUCCGCCAAGCCAAGGUCAGGCUGCAGUGCAAGUUCUACACCUCCUUGUUGGCCCUUCCACCUGUCGUGGAAACAGCGCGAGCCCUCAUGUGUGUAGCCGUUGCUCUCUCCUUCAUUGCUCUCAUCAUUGGCAUCUGUGGCAUGAAGCAGGUCCAGUGCACAGGUUCUGACGACAGGGUGAAAGCGUACCUUCUGGGAACUUCCGGAGUUCUCUUCAUCCUGACCGGCAUCUUUGUUCUGAUUCCAGUGUGCUGGACAGCCAAUAUCAUCAUCAGGGAAUUCUACAACCCAGAGGUGCCCAUCGGUCAGAAACGAGAGCUGGGAGCAGCCCUUUUCCUGGGCUGGGCGAGCACUGCUGUCCUCUUCAUCGGAGGGGGUCUGCUCUGUGGAUUCUGCUAUUGCAACCGGAAGAAGCAAUGGCUCAGAUACCCAGCCCCCACCCACUGUGCGCCAUACAAACAGAAGCAAAGGAAGGUGACAGUGCUCAGAAAGACCUCCACCAGCUACGUCUAA